AUGGCCGCUCCUUCCGCCGCCGCAGCCGCCGGUGCAGCAGCAGCUGCGCUCCUGCAGCGGCAGCUGCUGCAAGGCAGCGCGGGCAGCGAGCAGGGCUGGAGUGAGCAUCAGACUGGAGAUGGCCGGAAGUUCUUUCACAACGAGGAAACUGGCAUCUCACAAUGGGAGAAGCCCGAGUCGCUGAUGACCGACAGCGAGCGGAUUGUGAAUGCCACAGCCUGGAAGCAGUAUCGGAUCUGGGAUGGCCGAAUAUUCUACCACAACAAGGAGACAAAAGUCAGCUGCUGGAGCAUGCCACCGGAGCUGCGCAAGCUCCGCGGCGAGAGCACCGGGCUUGACGACCGGCCCUUGCCAGAAACCCGAACGGAGCAGCGCCAAGCUUUUCAGGAGCUCCUCAAAGAACGGCAAGUCGACGCAUCCUGGGACUGGCGCCGGGUCCAAGAGUUGGCCCGGGAUGCUCCCCAGGCUGAAGGUGUUAGUGAGCCAGUCCAGAAGCAAGUCUUCGCGGAGCUGCUGAGUCUGGCGCUCAAGCGAGGCGAGAUCGAGGCGCGGGCCAAAGCGCGCAACGCCGCCGUAGCCCUCGAGCGUUUGGUCGAAGAGCGCUUUUCAGAUCCAGAUGCCUUAGGCACCACCUACGAGGAGGCCGCUCGCAUCCUGGGUGACGAGGAGGCUUGGACGUUGAUCAAGUCCGACGUUCGGCGAGACGAGGUGUUCCAAACAGUCAUGGAACGCCUCGAAGAGAAGCACGAGAAAGCCCGUGCAGACAAGCGGGCGGAGCGCGUCGUGCGACUCCAGCGGCUCAUGGCAACAGACCCAGAGCUCCGCCGGCCGCGCAUGCGGUGGAAGGAUGCAACGGCCGUGUUGGCCAGGCGUGAUGAGCUGCAGGAGGAGGAGCCACCCAUUGAGGCUCUUCGAGUUUGGGCUUCCAUGCGGGAGCUCAGGAACACCACAAGGGAAGUGGACCUCAAGAACAAAGCCCAAGCCGACUUCUAUCGUGACGAGAGGAAGCGCCGUGACGCUUUCGUCCUCUCAAUGAAGGAGCUGGCAGCCGCCGAGCGGUUCACUAUGGGGACAAGCUGGGCGCAGUUAGAGGAGAUGCUCCAGGUUUCGGGAGAUCAGCGCAUCGCGGGGCUUCGCGAGGGCGAGGGCGCUGUGGCCAUGGAGCUUUUUGAUGAGUUUGUGGAGGAACUCAAGCUCAAGGGGCCCGAGGCCUACGCCGGUGUUGAGCCGGCACCGCCUCCACCAGAGCCGAUUCUGGAGCCGCCACGAAAGCGGCAGCGGGCCUCGAGGCUCUCAGCGGAUGUGCCGCUGCCGCCAGUGAAGCAGGAGCUGCAUGCGGUAAAGAUGGAGAAGGAGGAGGAUGAGGAUGACACCAACGCCCUCGAUGCACUGAUUGCCGCGGCGUCCUCUAGAAAAGGUGUGGCAACCAAAGCAGAGGCAGUUAAAGCGGAGCCCGUCAAGACGGAGGUGGUCAAGACGGAGCCUGUCAAGGGAGAGGAGGACGAUGACGACACAGAGGAGGAAGAGGAUCCUCUCAUGGGUGCCCGCCUUACUUGGCUUACUUCUACUUCCAUUGUGUUUGUCCCGCGUCUUUGA